UAGUGCCCUCCUCUCUCUCUCUAUCCUCUCCGUCUCGCUCUCUCCCCUUCCCCCGAUCUGCACCGCCACCGGCCGGGGCUCCUCGCGCGCGCCGCCGCCGGCGAGAACGCAACGCGUGCGUGCGUGGGGGCAGGCGUACGCCAUCCUCCCCUCUCCUCUCCUUCCUGACUCUGCCCGAGCCUCCAUCUCACUGUGCAGGAGCGCACGGCCGGCGAGCAGGGUUUGGAGCCACGAACUCCGCCCCACCUGCCUCCAUCCUCGCCCCGAAUCGAAUCGAAGGGUACAGGGUGGCUGAACGCUGCGGAGAAUUGGCGCGAAGAAGUUGGCUUAGUCUUGUGAGAAUAUGGGUGCCCCGAAGCAGAAAUGGACCGCGGAGGAGGAGUCCGCUCUCAAAGCUGGAAUCGCAAAGCACGGGGCGGGGAAAUGGCGCACGAUACUGAAAGACCCAGACUUCAGCAAUGUCCUGCGCUACCGCUCGAACGUUGACCUCAAGGACAAAUGGCGGAACAUGAAUGUAACCGUGAACGCGUCUGGUGCCCGUGACAGGGUGAAAGCACCCGUUGUUAAGAAGCCAAGAUCUGCUCCUAAGCAUGAAGGCCACUCUACCUCUACUGCUAUCAACGCAGUAACUUCUGAUGGUGACGAUGAUAUUGCUGAGGCUGCGCCUCUUGGAACUUUUAGUUCAUCCAAGAGAUCCCUUUCGAGGCUAGAUAAUAUCAUAGUAGAGGCAGUAAGGAGCUUGAAUGAGCCUACAGGGUCAUACAAGACAGCCAUAGCUAAUUACAUAGAGGAACAAUACUGGCCUCCUGCUGAUUUUGAUCAUGUCCUGUCUUCAAAACUGAAUGAUCUGACAGCAUCUGGGAAAUUGAUAAAGGUGAAUCGGAAGUACAGAAUAGCUCCUAGUUCAUCUUUAUCAGAAGGACGAAGCACCAAAGUAGUGCUGCUUGAAGAUAUACAAAAAGAGCCAACAAAGUUUGAUAGGGAAGAUGUACCGAUCCUCACUAAAUCUCAAGUUGAUGCUGAAUUAGCUCGGAUGAGAUCCAUGACUGCAGAAGAGGCUGCAGCUGCUGCUGCUCGUGCAGUUGCCGAGGCAGAGGCUAUCAUGGCUGAAGCUGAAGCAGCAGUAAGAGAAGCAGAGGCUGCAGAAGCUGAUGCAGUAGCUGCACAAGCCUUUGCAGAGGCAGCAAUGGCGACAUUCAAAAACAGAAGUUCAGCAAAAUUGAUCAUUCGAGCUUGAGGCUACUAGUGGGAGCUGUUGCAGCAUCAGUUUCCUCCGACCUUGUUGUAUGUACACUUGUACCACAUUCCAAUGCAAUGUAACUGCAACUCCAGUUGGGCUAGUGACAACUUAAUUCCAUUCUUGGCUUAUCCAAGCUUAUUACAGAACCAAGUUGCCGUAAGCCCCAAACUGGCUCCCCUUUGCCUUCUGAUGUGCCGCAUCUUCUGAAGUCUGCCAACAGUUUUGUUACAUCCCGAUCUGCACAAGCAUUGCGGUUGCGGCAUCUUUUGACUUGCUCAAUCACUCAUGGUGUGAUGUUCAGGGAAUGACAUCGUGGUUACCCCAUUCUUCCUCCUGGAAUAUGUAAUAUGUGCACCAUUACCUGUUGUCGCCUUGGAAUUGGUUUUUGGCAUGAAAAUAAUGGCUCUUUUGCACUGUUGUUGCGUGUACAGAUGUAACAGUGUCUCUGGUUCACUCAGUUGUGUAUAUCAACUGGCUUUGUUGCUCUUUCUCAUGGAAAAUAAUGUUGCAGCGUGAUGUACCCAUCUUGUUUGGCCCCAGUUUAACUCAAAAUCGUUGAAAGGACCGUGCAGCCACUUUGGGAAAGAGAGAGAUGA